AUGAGCGCAGGCAUAUACCAAAGUGGACAAGAUGAUAUGAAUAAAUCAAAUAUAUCAAAUGGAACUAUGAAUAAUAUGAUGAACGUUAAUAAUAAUUUUAAUUUUUCUUCAUUUAAUGAAAAUGACCUUCCAAGAUACGUGAAUGAAUUUAUUCAAAAAAUGAAUCAUCCUUAUAUUUGUAUGAUUCAUGUUCUUCCUAAAUUCUUCUCCAUAUUUAUUUAUUUCCUAGGCCCCUUUUUAUUUAGAAAUGAAAAGUCAAAAGAAUACGAUUUUAUUAUAACCUUUGCAAUUACAUUUUUUUUAGUGUCAUUGGACUUUUAUUUAGUUAAAAAUAUAACAGGAAGAUUUUUGGUAAGAAUGAUAUGGUGGAUAGACUCAGGUGAAGAUUAUUCUAACAAUGUAAUUUUUCAUUCAUUAGAAGAUAAAUCAACAAAUAGUAAUGAAAAAAAUGUUUUUUGGUUUUCUUUAUAUAUAUACGUUUUUAUUUGGCUAGUUCAAACUAUACAAAUGUUUAUAUCAUUUCAAGUAUGUUGGUUUUUAUUAUGCGUUUUAUGUUUCUUUUUAUCAUAUUAUAAUUUAUAUAAUUUUUGGAAAUGUUCAAAGGAACAACCGGAAAUUGUUACAGGAGUUUUAAAUAAAAUUAAUUUUAAUGCUAUAUUAAAAAAAUUAGUUAAUAAUAAAACAUACUACUAA